AUGUCGGCCGAGUACGGGGAGAUGGAGUCGCCGAGCGUGGUCACGCUACCGCCGGAGCUUCCACCCACGGGCCCGAAGCGGUACCUCAACAUCGCCAUCUCCAACAACAGCGAGCAAGGCCCGUCGUUCCUCUAUCCUGCCAAAGACUGCGGCUACGAGAACGUCCGCGCGGCCUCGGACGAAAUCGACGCGAUCCGUGUUACGCUCAACCGCCCCAAGAAGCUUCUCGGCGAGUGGCGCUCGACCGCCAUCUCGGGCAACGAUCUCCUCGGCAGUUGCCUCUACUCCGCUGGUCUCGUCGCCGCGUCCGCCGGGUACCUUGCGCCCAUCGGCUGCCUCCUCGUCUCGCUUGUGCUCUAUGUCUUCCGCUUCAUUUACGAGGAGGUUGUGACGGCCUUUCCGCUCAACGGUGGUUCGUACAACUGCCUCCUCAACACCACAUCGAAGCGGUUUGCCGCGAUUGCGGCGUGCAUGAGCAUCCUCUCGUACCUCGCAACCGCGGUGUACCCGGAUCUACCGCUCCUCGCCACGUCGAUCGGAAUCCUCGGACUCUUCGCCGUCUUGAACAUCAUUGGCAUUGGCGAGUCGUCGGUCGUCGCACUCGUCAUCUUCAGCUUUCACGUGUUGACGCUCACGGUGCUCGUGGUCGUCAGCGCCAUUUACACGUUUCAGCGCCCGGCUAUCAUCAAGGACAAUUACCACGAGCCCUUACCCGACGUCAACUUUGCUGGCAAUUUGAUCACGGGCAAUGUCGCGACGGCGCUUUUCUGUGGGUUUUCGUCGGCGAUGCUCGGAUUCACGGGCUUCGAAAACUCGUCCAACUUUGUCGAGGAGCAGCCAGGCGUCUUUCGGAAAACGAUGCGGAACAUGUGGGCGUUCGCGACGGUCUACGACAUCCUCUUGUCGCUUCUGAGUCUCGGCGUGCUUCCGCUCCACGCGCCCAACGGCCUCCUCGCCAACGAGAGCACGGUGCUUGCGCAAAUGGGCUACAUUGCCCGUGGCAAGUGGCUCCAGAUAUGGAUCGCGAUUGAUGCGCUCGUCGUGCUCUCAGCCGGAGUCCUCACGUCCUUCGUCGGCAUCACGGGUCUCAUCCUCCGUCUCAGCAACGACCGCGUCAUGCCGGCCUUCCUCACGAACCAAAACACGUGCCGCGGGACACCGCAUUGGAUCUCGAUCCUCUUCUUCCUCGUGAGCGCGAGUCUCAUUCUGGUGCUGGACGCCAACAUCAAGAUCCUCGGCGGCGUCUUUACCUUUGCGUUCCUCUCGAUGAUGCUUCUCUUUGGCGCGGGCUGCAUCACGCUCAAGCUCAAGCGCACCGACAUUCCGCGCGACGUGCAGGCGCCGUGGCGGUCGUGCAUCCUCGGCGUCACCAUGGUUGGUAUCGGAUUCUUUUGCCAGCUCCUCGGCAACCCACAAGUGCUCUUGUACUUUUUCCUGUACCUCAUUGCGAUUGCCACCGUUGUCUUUGGCAUGCUCGAGCGUGUCGCGAUCCUCCGCGUGCUCAUCCUCGUCAACGACCGUGUCGCCAAGCUCACGCAGGCCAUCAAGACGAUAAACGAGCGCCCGAUGAUUUUCUUUGUGAAAGCACCCAACCUCACGACGAUGAACAAGGCCAUCAUGUACGUUCGCUCCAACGAGAUCACGCAGCACCUCCGCUUCGUGCACGUGUACGCGGACGAGACCGAGCCGACCUUGACAGCGAUCCAAGAGAUGCGGGACAUGGUCACGCUCUUCGACAGCAUGUACCCCAAGCUUCAAAUGGACUUUGUCUCGAUCCACGGCGCGUUUGACCCGGCCAUGAUGGCAUGGAUCGCACACGAGUUCGACAUCCCGCCCAAUACCAUGUUCAUCAAGCAGCCGAGCAACCUCGCGGCACACAAGGUCUCGUCGCGCGGCGUCCGCGUCAUCACGGGCUGA